AUGACUUCAACAAACCCAGACAGCAAUCAUGCAACGACCUUCCCGACCACCACACCGCCACCGAAACUUCCAGAUACCGUCCUCCUCCAGAUCCCGCGGCCAGCGAUCCUCCUGGUCGUCCUCAACAACCCGCGCGGGCUGAACUGUGUGUCGACGCCGAUGCACUGGGCCCUGGACGCCGUGCUGGCGUGGUACGACGACGAGCCGAGUCUGCGCUGCUGCGUGAUAACGGGGAUGGGACGGGCGUUUUGCGCGGGCGCCGACCUGAAGGAGUGGAAUCAGUCGGUUGGAGAAGGGGAGGCGCAAUCGGCGAAAGGGGACACUCAAAGUCAACAACAGCAGCAACAACAGCAGCAACAACGACAGCGCACCAUGCCACCCAGUGGGUUCGGAGGCAUCAGUCGAAGACUAGGCAAGAAACCCGUCAUCGGGGCCAUCAACGGCCUCGCGUUCGGUGGAGGAAUGGAGAUGGUGGCCAAUAUGGACAUGGUGGUGGCGGCAAAGGGGGCGUUGUUCAGUCUCCCGGAGGUCAAGCGGGGCGUCGUUGCCAUCGCCGGAGCAUUGCCGCGCAUCGUGAGGACUUUAGGAAGGCCCCGGGCAAUGGAGAUGGCGUUGACGGGGAGGACAGUCGGUGCGGCCGAGGCGAGGGACUGGGGCAUGGUCAACGCCAUCACUGACGAUGCGCCACCCGACAGCGGUAUCCUCGACAGACCCGUGGUCAAGAAAGCCCUGGAGUACGCCCAACAAAUCUGCAACAACAGUCCUGACAGCAUCAUUGUUAGUCGAGCUGGGGUCAUUGCUGGCUGGGAAGAUGGAUCGGCAGAACACGGUACCCAAAGCAUCAUCGAUGUCUACCAGAAGAGACUUAAUCAAGGAGAGAACAUCCGAGAGGGCUUGAGAGCUUUUGUCGAGAAACGAGCUCCUGCAUGGGUCGCUAGCAAGCUGUAG